CUCGAAAGUGUUCGGUGGUGAUUCCUGGAUCCCGUCUGGAAAAACGACCAAUUCAGGACUUUUUGUGGGCCAAAGGCAAUUUAAAGCGGUUGCGUGUGCGAAAAUUGCGAAAGUUUGCUGUUCAUUUGUGGCGAAACGGCGGAAAAACGCGAGAGAAAAAAGAUGGUAAUAACUGCUUCCUCGAACAACGAGACGACGACGAUCCGCAAUGGGGGCGGACCAGCGAGGAAUAAUCUGCACGGCAAGGAGCACAAUAACGGCGCCAGCGAGGAUCACAGCUCAGACGAUGAAAAAUCGACGGCGAGUUAUGAGAGUAGUCGCAAGAACGGCGGCGGGGGCAACUCCAACAUGAAAAGUGUGAAGAACAAAACGGGCGAAUAUGAGGCGGAAAAGAUUCGGGUAGGUCGCGAUUAUCAAGUUUUGUGUCCGGAAUGGAUUCCGGAGAAAGAUCGAAAUCCCGAAGGAUUGCCCGAGAAGGCUUUGCUUGUGUGGAGUCCCACAAAAGACAUACCCGAGAAGGAGCUUGAGAAAUAUAUCACGGUGGCGAAGGAAAAGUACGGAUACAACGGAGAACAAGCACUGGGUAUGCUUUUUUGGCACAAACACGAUUUGGAACGCGCAAUUAUGGAUUUGGCGAAUUUCACACCGUUCCCCGACGAAUGGACCGUCGAAGAUAAAGUGCUGUUCGAACAGGCAUUCCAAUUUCAUGGAAAAAGUUUCAACAGAAUACGACAAAUGUUGCCCGACAAAUCGAUCGCGAGUCUCGUCAAGUAUUAUUAUUCGUGGAAAAAGACCCGCGCACGUCCCAAUAUCCUCGACAGACCCGAACGGAACAAGAACAAGCAUGGCAGCGAGAACGGAAGUGAGCCCGGAAGCAACGAAGUCUCCGAUUUGGAGGAAAAAAUCACAAUUGACGAGGUAACGCCACGAUCUUCGCCCAAACAGACGCAAGCAGCAACGACGACGACGAAAAAAGAGGAAGAUGCCGACGCCAAAACGACAAACAGUGACGCGGAGCGACCCAAGAAGGUGUCGUCGCCCUCAUCAAAGCCCGAAAUUGAAAUUACCCAAGUCACGACGAGUAACAAUAACAAGAGACAAGCCCCAACUCCGCCGAGUAAUGCAGCAGCAGCAGCGCCAGGUCUCGACGAAAUCACCAUUGUCCCGAUUGCGAGACAAAAUUCGACGACGACGACGACGAGUGAGAAAGACGGUCCACCGCCCGCGAAACAAAUCAAAUUAGACAAUGCAACGCCAACGGUUGUGGUGCCCGUGUCAACUACGGCAGCAGCUGGCGGUCCCUAGGAAUGAAACGCGUCUUUUCGCACCUACACCGCUGCCGCUCCGUAUGAUAAAACUACCGUAAAAACCUGUAAUUUUUUGUGACCCAUUUUUAAUUUUCUUCGUGUCGUCAUCAAAACAAAAAAAUAUAAAAAAUAUUUUUCAAUGCAAAUUUUAAAUUAAAAAAAUUUGAUUUAGACCAAACUUUUUAAAACUUAAGAUUUCCGAUCCACAAAAAAAAUCUUCUAACAAAAUUUUACCACUUACGCCAUUAAGUUAAGUCGUCGUCGGAAACAUAUUCGUAUGAUAUGAACGCGUGUUUAAUUUUAGCUCAUAAUUAAAAUUUUAUUUUAAUUUUUUCUAACUAAGCAUUAAGUAUAAUAAAAGUAAAUAAUUUAUUUUUUUAAGGGAGUUCUAUAAAAUAAAUAGAUACGAGAUAGGAUAAUAAACAAAAUAUAUCAAAAAAAUAUUUUCAAAUUAAAUUCAGUAAUUUUUUUCGUCAUUUAUUUCAUCAAAAGAUAUUCUUGGCAAAGCCUAAUCAUUAAAUUUAAA